UCAGACCCGUGUGAUUAGUGGAGUGCGAUGGCAUUUCCUGUGCUCGCUCUGGAACAGCUGUGUGCGGCAGCAGCUGGAUGCUUUAUUCCUGAACCGCUAUAUAGCUGUAUAACUUCAUAAUGCAUCCAUAACCGUCUCUCUCUCUCUGUCUACGGAAAAGCAAAGCGCCGUGUGCUCGGGGGCUUUAACUUAACCUCGCUUUGUUUCUGAACGCCUUGGGCUGUUUUUAUUUCGCUCAAAUCUCGUCGUCAAGGGCGGCUGGGCUGUGGGUUAGCCACUUUUUCUUUUUUGGAGGGCAUCAUGGUUAUAUAUGAUCUCAUGCUUUAAACCGCCGGUGUUUUGUUCAGAUUAGCAUUGUACUUGCUAGUUUAUUUCGCACUUUAAUUUGACGUACCGUGCAGGAUAUCGAGAUUUUGAUUGAUUGACGUGUUAUUAGUCCUCCAAACUAGAUAUCGAGCUCGUUAUUCAGGCUAAAACGUGUGUGUUUAGUGAUGAUAAAUAAAGUAAAGUGUGCUGCUAGCUCGUGGGAUGAUGGAGUCAUUUGGAGAUCAUGUUAGCUAGUUUGCUAGCCUGCUAGCUCCGUUUCUAUUUACAGGGGGCGAAGUUGCAACAUCAAAAUUGACGACAAGGAAAAGACUGCCGAAAGCUGAAGCAAAUGCAGGUAAACCUGUUCAUAGCAGAGCUCCUGCGCGGGUGGAGCCCCAUAGGCAGAGUGUGGGGAUACAUAAAGAAACUCAUCGAGUUGUUUUCUGAUGGUUUCAGUCCUGUGUGCCCCUGCCACCACAGGAAACCCAACAACUAGUUGAAAUUGACAGCCUGGCAGUCGGGAUGAAGGAGGAGAACCUGUUCCGGCGACGUUUCUCUCUGUGUCCCACAAACACCCCGCCACCCAAAAUAGAUCCACGUGCUCUUGGCCGGAACCUGUCGUACGGUGGGGACACUGAUAUGGACCCGAUCAGCCCAGGCAGUGAGUCGGAGAAGAAUGAUUUGCCUUUAUUGAGAGAUGAGGUCAGCCCAGGCCAGUCUCCCAGCAGUGCCUCAGAAUCAAAGAUGUUCAUAGGCUUGGAGAAGGAGAGCUCCUCACCCACUGAAAAGUUGGCCAGGAAGGAAUCUCUAAAGGUUCAAAAAAAGAAUUACCGUCAGGAAAAGAAGAGGGCAGCUAAAGAACUCUUCAGUGCUCUAAAGGACCCCAGUGUGGUCAUAAUUUCUAACUGGUUAAAGAUCCGGGGGACGCUGAAAAGCUGGACGAAGCUGUGGUGCGCUCUGAAGCCUGGAGUUCUCCUGAUCUAUAAAACCCCAAGCUCCGAGCACUGGGUGGGGACUAUCAUACUAAAUGCCUGCAAACUGAUUGAACGGCCAUCAAAGAAAGAUGGCUUCUGCUUCAAACUUUACCACCCCUUAGAGAAAUCCAUCUGGGCCAUGAAGGGCCCGAAAGGAGAGACCGUUGGCUCCAUCACACAGCCUCUUCCGAGCAAUUACCUGAUUUUUAGAGCAGCAUCUGAGUCUGAUGGCCGUUGCUGGAUGGAUGCGUUGGAGUUAGCGCUCAGCUGUUCCAGCCUGUAUAAGCUGACUGCUAAGAGCUGCAGGGACGGGGAUCUGAGCAGCUCUUCUGAAUCCUCUCAUAUACUCCAGCUCCUGCAGUCCACUGCCCUGAGUGACCAGGAACUGCUACAAUUGAAUGACUCCAUGCUUGAAAACAGCCAGAUGGAGAACGAGUCUGAAAGAGAGGCCCAUGAGGACUCUGAUAACGCAGCCAAUGAAAACGGUGGUAGAUUAACUGAGGAGAGCGAUAUGGACCAAUCAGAUGACCUUUUGCCCUGUCUCCAAGCAACAGUGUAUGUUGAACAAGGCCAUGAGGAAAUGGGAGAGGCUGGUGAAGCAUCUCAGGUGGAGACGGUGUCUGAUGAGAAUAAAGGGUUAAUCUGGACGUUGUUGAAGCAGCUGAGGCCUGGCAUGGACCUGUCCAAAGUAGUCUUGCCUACUUUUAUCCUAGAGGCCCGCUCCUUCCUCGACAAAUUGUCUGACUAUUACUACCAUGCCAACCUGCUGUCCCAGGCAGUCACAGAGGAAAGCCCGUACUGCAGGAUCAAGCAAGUCUUGCGCUGGUACUUGUCAGGCUUUUACAAAAAACCUAAGGGUCUGAAAAAGCCAUACAACCCCAUUCUCGGGGAAACAUUCCGCUGCUGUUGGCUGCACCCUCAGACUGACAGCUGUACCUUUUACAUAGCCGAGCAGGUAUCUCAUCAUCCUCCUAUCUCGGCUUUCUACGUGAGCAAUAAGAAGGAUGGCUUUAUCAUCAGUGGUAGCAUCCUGGCCAAGUCCAAAUUCUAUGGGAACUCUCUGUCCGCAAUACUGGAUGGGAAGGCCAGGCUAUUGUUUCUAACUCGUGAUGAGGAAUAUAUCAUUACAAUGCCAUAUGCUCACUGUAAAGGCAUUUUGUAUGGCACAAUGACACUGGAGCUUGGAGGAAAGAUCACAAUUGAGUGUGAAAAAACAAAGUAUACUUCUGAACUUGAAUUCAAAUUGAAGCCUUUCCUUGGCAGCUCGUAUAAUGUUAACCAGGUUUCUGGAAAGAUCCGUAUGGGAGAGGAUGUUUUGGCCACAGUGGAAGGACACUGGGAUGGUGAGGUGCUUCUCAUUGAGAAGAAGACUGGCCACCAGGAGGUGCUGUGGAACCCCACACCUGACAUCCGUAGUCAGCGGCUGAAGAGGCAGGUGGUUCAGUUUGAUCAGCAGGGACCCUUUGAGUCAGAGAGGUUAUGGCAGCACGUGACCAGUGCCAUUAAUGCCAAGGACCAGAAUAAAGCUACGCAGGAGAAAUUUGUUCUGGAGGAAGCGCAGAGGCAGGAGGCACGGCAGAGAGGAGACCGUUCCUGGAACCCACACCUUUUCAGCCUGAACCCAAUCACCAAUGACUGGAACUACAAGCACAUCGACACUAAGCCGUGGGAUUCUGACUGCUGUUUGGUUCAGUUUGAGAAAGAUGGCAUCAUCCAGACCAAAGAAAAGCCCCAGCGUCAGCACAACGGCUUCACCUACAGCCAAAACUGGAGUAGCCAGCAGAAGGCCCAGGUUCAUGGAAAGCACAGGAAGUCGAGCAGUCAGCCAUCCAGCUGUAGUCAGAACACAGAAAGCAGCAGCAGUACACCCGAGCCGACACACGAAUCCUCAGACAAUGAAGGUUUUGGCAGCCAGUGUGCCAGAUGCAAGAAGGAAAUGAAGGAACUUGCACAAAUAGAGGCCUCUAUAUUAUCCAUACAGAAAUCACAGCAGGACAUUCAGAGAAAUCUGAGUGUGUUAAGUCGUCAGCUGAUGCGACAGGCAGAGCAGAGUGUGCAUCUGAGCAUCCGUCACUACCUCGUUCUGGGUGUCCUGCUGCUCUUCCAGCUCCUCGUCACCUACGUCUUCAGCUGAGAGACCAUUUGUCCAGUUGCUCCAAGACCAUCACAUCACAACUGUUGCCUAGCAAUAAACGCAGUAAUAAACUCCCAACACUACACAGCUCUUGAGGGUCCCAUUGACUGUAGCUCCUGGCACUCAGCACUUCAGAAAUGCAGAGCGCGAGACUCUCUUUAACCAAUGAAAGACCGAGGGGAAAAGUGUACCUUUGCAGUGCCGCUCUUGCUGAUGGAUGUGUAUCUUUAUUUUAUACCAUUUUUCAAUUUCAUUGUUGCGUGUUGGACACAUCCAGGCUCCAUGGGCAGCUGUGGCGUAUGAAGGUAUGAAUGAUUGCGAGCGGCAUGUGUGCAAAUCAGUUUGUUUCCCCACUCCAUUUAAGAUGUUGGGCCUUAAUGCUGAAGCCAAAUAGAAAGAGUUGUCUGUUUUAGAGAACAUCAUCCAUCAGUGCGGUCCUACAUGCUUUUUGCGUUCAUGUCUAAUCAAAUAAUUUGACUCCACUUAAAAUGAUGAUUUUACCAAAACAGUAUUCCUUAGUUGUUAAAUUGUUUACAUGAUUUCUGUACCCUAUGCUUAAAAAUGCACUGUUGCCAAAUGAUAAAUUGUAUAGAUGAAUAAAUGCUACACAUCCCAAUAAAACUAGAAUGAAUAAUCAGCCAAAGGCCAGAAAACAGAUCCAUAAGGCUGACGUAGCAUUUGGGUUGGUACUGGUACAUUGGUGGCUUAUUACGUUGUUGGCCUUGAAUUUCAAUGAAGUCUUGAGUAAGGAAUAUGAUGAGGGUUCUGUGAGCAAGUGUGCGCGUGUGUGUAUAUAUAUAUGUUUGGAACACAAUGCCAUUUUAAAUGAAAUCGAGAAUGUAUUUAUUAGAUUCUUCCUUUUUUUUAAUAAUCAUGCUAUUUUGUAAAAAAAAAAAAAAAAUGCAUCACACUCAUUCAGGUUUUCCGGGAGCAAUAUGGUCAUUGUUCUUCCACUAAAUGUGUGGAACGGCGAGCCAGGGAUAUAAAUCGCCAGCUGUUCUCUCGUCUGCCUGUGUUGUUCAUAUACCAGAUAAACUGUAGAGCCCUGUUGUGAUUUGACUUUGAGCACACAAAUUUUCCAUUGUAGCUGAUGCAAGUUUAGCACGCUUGUUCAAAAACGCACGCCUCGAGUCAUCAUAAGGCUCCAUGAAUGCAGGAGUGAAGAGACAGAUGGCUAUAUGCUUGUUUUCUGGGGGUUUUUUUCUUUGUCUUUCUUUUUUUACAUUUUACAGCAGUCUGUAAAACUGUUCUAAGUGGAGAAAAAAAUACCAAUAGCUCACUGAAUGUCAAUGCUUAUUACGUACUGCAGCACUACAGUAAACUUUUCAACUUUG